AAAAUCUAUCUUACACCCCGGGGUGUAAGAUGACUCUCGUGCUUUAAAUGACGUAUUACGAACUACAUAUAUGUAGAAGAUUUAUGUAGUUAUUUAUAUUUUAUUUCGAAAAACGGAAUAAAAAUCCAGUACCUUGACAGUUCCUCUUUAUUCCUGAUAGUAUAUUUCUCGAUUCAAAACACGUUAUUUUAUCAAAAAUCCAUAACGUCACUCUGCAAUUGAUCAAACAAAACCAGAACUAAACAUUGUUAUUUGUCUUUGAAACGUCAUAACGUCUUUCCUGUUUACGGACGUUGCUUUCCCGCGCUUUGUUUAAAUACGCUGCUAUAGCAUGCAGUAUAUAUGCGUUAAAAAGGUAUAUGGCUGGCGGUGUAUGCAGGAGCAAGGCUCGCAUGAAUGGCAAAACAGUGCUUAUAACUGGAGCUAAUGCAGGCAUAGGCAAGGAGACAGCUAAAGAUCUGGCACGCAGAGGUGCACGAGUUUUACUAGCAUGUCGUGAUAAGUCAAAAGCAGACAGAGCAGCUGAAGAUAUUCGGAAGUCGACCGGCAAUAAAAAUGUAGUUGUGUACAUCCUUGACCUUGCUUCUUUGAAGUCCAUCCGUCAGUGUGCAAAUGAAGUUCUGUCAAAGGAGCCCAAGCUUGAUGUUCUUAUCAAUAAUGCGGGUGUAUUUGGGGCACCGCGCAGAAAGACUGAGGACGGUUUUGAAAUGCACUUUGGAACAAAUCAUCUUGGAACUUUCUUAUUUACAAAUCUCUUACUGGAUCUUCUGAAGAAAUCGGCACCAAGCAAAAUCGUCAAUGUGUCUUCACGUGGACAUGAAAGAGCGCAGAUAGAUUUUGAAAAUUUAAAUGGUGAGAAGAAUUAUUCCUUUAACGGAGCAUAUGAGCAGAGUAAACUUGCCAAUGUCCUCUUCACACGUGAACUGAACAAACGCUUACAAGGAACGAACGUGACAGCAAAUUAUUUACAUCCCGGAGUUGUAGAUACAGGGAUGAUUGGAUUCAAAGAUAAUUGCGGUUUUGCGAUGAGAAUCUUCCUGAACGUGGUUUAUUACGGCUUCUUCAAGUAUAUUAUGAAAAGUGCAGUCCAGGGAGCUCAGACCACUAUAUAUUGUGCUGUGGACCCUGACCUAGAUAAUGUUUCUGGAAAAUAUUUCAGCGACUGCGCUAUGAAGAAGGAAGUGCCACAAGCCCUGGACAAUGAAGUUUCAGCAAAAUUAUGGAAAGUGUCAGAAGAAAUGGUUAGGCUAUGACUGAAACCAUAGUAAUUUAAAAGGAGGUGUGUGU